GAGUAUUACUACAUCUAGAUCUACAAUCUAAUAUCUAGAUCUAUACGUAGGCCAAACUAGUUACUACAGGCUCUUUACUUGACCUACACUCGACUUUUUAGUCCAUAAUCUAGAGCAGGUAAACACAAAAUAUGUAUUGUGAAAAUACAGAAAUCAACCACCCAGAUGGUAUGAAAAGUCUAACAGACUUUCAAAAUUUAGAGGUAGCUCCUGGUACACUAGUUUUCACUGACAACCCUUCACCAGAAAUAAAAGAAGAAUCUACAGAGUUGGAGGUGACACUUUGCUCUUGUGCAUUUUGCCCAUUCACUACAACAACAUUUGUUGAACUAAACAAACAUCUUGAAGAGAAUGUCCAUGAUGCAAUGCCCAGUGAACAAGUUAUAAAUAAUUCAAAAGCACAAAAGAAUUAUCCCUCAAGGGACAAAAUGCAAGUCUGUGCACUUGAUAAAGUCAGUUUUAAUCAAAGUCCACAAGAUUUAAAUUUAUCACAUAGUGCAUUGAAUUAUAUUCAUGUUCAAGCAGAUAAAGACAAAUGCUAUGGGUGUGAACUGUGUCCAUUUUUAACCUAUAGUAUUGAGAUUUUACAGCUGCAUAUGCAAAGUAAGCAUGGAAACUUCCCAGCUAAAGUAUGUCCUGUUGUGGUUACAAGACAAAUGAGCUCUCAGAUUCGAUUAGAAGAUGCCAUAUUUUACAAAUCAAUGUCAGAUAAUAAUUUAUUUGUUAAUGAGAUGCUUUCUCCUCCUUCUUUUUCAAAUCAAAACUUAAAUACUCUCCAACCAUUUCACAACAAUUUUCCUGUAGCAACCAUUGACAAGCAUCAGUGCAAAUGUGAUUCCAGUAAUGAAGUGAUCAGUCUACUAUCAAAUUUCUUUAAAGUUGCUAAUAAUGCCUUUCUGCAAAAUAGCUCAACUCAGUUAGAAAAGAACCAAAGCUCAUCUUUAAACAAGUCUCAUGAGAACUGUUCAUGUGGUCAUGGCAAUGCUACUCUGAAGAAUCAGUCACUAGCAGGGGUUAAAGACUUCAGUGAAUCAUACAGUCACCAUCAGCCUUCUAGCACAUACACACAGAACAUUGCCAAAAACUCUGUGUCAAACAGUGUUAAUCAUGAGAAUAAUGUAACAGCUGACCGACAGAUAAUGCCAAAUGACUAUAGCCUGGAAACUCAGAACGUACAAAGCACUCACAGUAACAUUAUUAGGAAUUAUCCAGAUGUGAAAAGUAAACAAGGUUUUUUACCUCCUGUCCAACAGCGUGCUUUUGUUCAAGUACCACCUGUAGGUGUUGAUCAAGGAGCUAAACAAAGUAUACCCACAGAAUUUGUGCCAGUUGAGAAACACCCACCUUCUGCCAUAAGGAGUUAUAACUCCUAUAAUGAAAGAAUACCUAUUUCAGGAGGGAAUAGUAGACAACAGCAAGCACCGUAUACCCACACAUAUGAGACAGCAGAUCCCCAUCAGAACAAAGAGAAAACACCACAUUACUCCCAACCAAAAAGAAUCAAAUUUGAUGACAGUGAUUUGAUGGACCACUUCUCACAAAUUGGUGCAGCCAAAGACACAAAAAAUAAGCCAAUCACACAGAAGCAAAAAGAUACUCCCAUUCCUGCAUCUACCUUGAAAUUUUCUUAUGUUUGUUUACACUGUGGACAAGACCAAGGAUUUUUAAGCAAGCUAAAGAUGCAUGUGAAAUCCAGCCAUAGCAACUCUGUUCUGAUUCCUUUAACCAAUAUAUCUUCAGGGCAGCUGUACUUCAUGUGUCCACAAGCCAACUGCCAAACUUUGACUUGUGUGGAAGCUCAAAUUGCUGAACAUGUCUCAAAGUGUACGCAAAUACAAAAGCAGGUUAUUUUUUCUGCCAUAGCCAAUCUUAAAUCCAUAAGAGUUAGUCAUUGUGAGAUCAGGAAAAACAUAAAUCAACCAAAUUUUUCUAAUCAAACAGUUGAUAAUAUUAAAUCUACUCAAACUGUUAUAGAUCAAAGUAAUAGGAAAACUCCAAACAGAGAUUUUUCAAGGCCAUUACAGUCAAAACAACAGACAAAUAAACUCAUUUAUACACAAAGGUCAGCUAAUGCAGUAAUUAACUCAUUACUGCCUCCCAACCUGCCACCUCAGCUUGACCAACAGAAACCACAUUGUGAUUAUAUAGGGGAAAAGUCAACAGAAAAACAAGCCAUUUAUGAAGAAAAUCCUCCUAGCCUAACAAUCGCUUCUAGUGGACCAAGUGAAAUGCCCAGAGUGCCAGACAACCUGCCACUUGAGCGUGGUCAAGAGAAAUCACGUCCGCUACCUGAUGAUCCAGUAAAAAAAUCAACUGAAAGCCCAGUAGUAGGUGAACAAAGGCCACGCACCUUGUCUCUUUCUUUAACUCCUAUAAGCACAUCGCACCUGAAAACAGAAACAAAACCUGACAACACUAUUGAAGAAAGGCCUCCUCAAAAGGGUUACAAUGAAAAGGCUGAUGAAAAUAAACAGCUUACGUCAGAAAAGAAGAAAACACCACACUCCAUAGCAUCGGAAGGGAAUGACUUAGAAUCAGAAGAAGAGCAGCCAAUAGAAAAAACACAGAAAAGACAGUGUACACGGAGGAAAACUAAAAAGAAAGAAGCCAAAAGUGAACAACAAUCAACUGUUCAAAAUACCAAAAAGUCUGGCAAGAAAGCAAAAAAACAAGAUUCUACAGAUCUUUCUAGUAAUAGUUACAAAUGCUGGCUCUGCAGCUACAAAAGUGAUGCAAGCAUAUCAGUUAAAAAGCAUAUAGUGAGGCAGCAUUCUGAAGGAUUGUGUGCCAUUGAUAUCACAGGUUCUGAGACCACUGGAAUUACACAACUCUUAUUGUUUUGUCCAAAGAACUGUACCUAUUCAACUGACAGCCUUGAAGAAUACCUAAAUCAUGCAGAAAUGUGCAAGAAAAAGAAUAUGGCAUCAGAUCAUGGUAGAAGAUAUACUUACAUAAAUAAAAUUUUUAUAGACAGCAUAUACCCAGAGCUCCUGAACACAAAUUCUAGUGUCUUGGUGGAUGAGGAAGAACCAAGUGAAAUUGUUAAAAAGUUCAUCACUCAGGACUGAUUUACUCUACAGCCUUAUAUGGAAACCUUCAAAGUAGA